AUGAAUCGUGAAACUAAACAAAGUGAAACGAUUCAUAUUCUAAUUGAAACCGAAUAUACAGCACUCGUCAUUCGAAUUAAUGAAAAUCGUGAUCCUUUGGUCGUUUAUAUCGGAAAGCGACUUGAUAACAGUGCAGAAUACGCAUCGAUUCCUAGCUAUGAUGCCAAACAACAAAAUGGUGACUACACAGGACUCUAUAGUUCGGCUUAUACACCUAGUGGUACACGAAAUUUGCUCGAACCUGCUAUACAAGUCGUUCAUGCCGAUGGAAAUCCAUCGUUGGACUUGAAAUAUAUUCGUCAUCAGCAGAAUACAACAAAUCAAGCAAAUGAGAUAAAACAAACAGCAAUCUACCUCAAAGAUACUGUCUAUCCAUUCGAGGUAAUUCUUUACUAUCGAGCGUAUUGCAAGGAAAAUAUCAUCGAACAAUGGACAAGUAUCAAACAUAUGGAAACCAAUGUUGUACGCUUGCAAAAGUAUAGUUCAGCUAAUCUCUAUUUCACAUCAGCUCAUAAUUACCAUCUCACUCAUUUUCAUGGCGAUUGGGCACAAGAAAUGCAACCGGAACAAGUUCAACUCACUGCUGGCAUGAAAGUGUUGGAUACGAAACUAGGAAGUCGAGCUGAUCUUUUUCAAGCGCCCUCAUUUUUCUUGUCACUGAAUGAACCGAUCAACAACGAGAAUGAUGAUUAUGGAGAGGUGUUCUCUGGUACGCUCGCUUGGUCAGGCAAUUAUCAACUGCAAUUCGAAAUCGAUCCGCUAUAUAAUAUGCGUCUCAUUGCCGGCAUAAACUCAUACGCUUCGGAAUAUUAUUUGGUUCCUAAUAAGGAAUUUGUAACGCCUAGUUUUAUUUUUACUUAUUCAUAUCGUGGUCUAGGCCUGGCUAGUCGAAAUUGGCAUCGUUGGGCUAGAAAAUAUCGUAUUCCUAUGGGCGAAAAUAAUCGUUUGACUUUACUCAACAAUUGGGAAGCAACUUAUUUUGAUUUUGAUGAAGAGAAGUUGACUUCAUUGAUGAAAGAUGGUAAGAAACUCGGUGUCGAUUUAUUCCUUCUGGAUGAUGGUUGGUUUGGUAAUAAAUAUCCGAGAAAUAAUGAUCAAGCUGGUUUAGGUGAUUGGCAAGAAAAUGUUCAAAAAUUGCCGCGUGGCAUUACCCAUUUGAUAAGCGAAGCUACAACUAUAGGAAUCAAAUUCGGCAUUUGGAUUGAGCCAGAAAUGGUCAAUCCAAAGAGUGAACUCUACGAAAACCAUACUGACUGGGUAAUUAAAUUACCCAAUCGAUCCGAAUACUAUUUCCGGAAUCAGCUCGUACUGGACAUGUCAAACCAAGAAGUGCAAGAAUUUGUCUACAAUACAGUCGAUCGUCUCUUUACCAAGCAUCCAAUGUUAGCAUUUGUCAAAUGGGAUUGUAAUUCUGUUAUUUACAAUGCCUAUUCAAAAAGUAAUUCUCAUCAAUCUCAUUUGUACAUUGAUUAUGUUCAUGGCCUAUACAAUGUUCUCGAUCGUCUACGAAACAAAUAUCCUACGAUUCCGAUGAUGUUAUGUUCAGGUGGUGGAGGACGAGUCGAUUAUGGUGCUCUUCAAUAUUUCACAGAAUUUUGGCCAAGUGACAAUACAGAUGGGGUUGAGCGAGUAUUUAUUCAAUGGAACUAUUCGUUCUUCUUUCCAGCGAUUGCUACAUGUAAUCAUGUGACUGAUUGGGGAAAACAAUCGUUAAAAUUUCGUACCGAUGUGGCGAUGAUGGGUAAACUAGGAUACGAUAUUGUGGUAAGCAAACUCAAUUCUGAUGAGCUCUUAUUUAGUCAACAAGUCCUUCGUACCUAUACUCGCCUUAAAAAUACUAUUUGGUACGCUGAUCUCUAUCGAUUGGUAUCGCCAUAUCGAGCAGAGAGUGAUAUUGCCUCAUUAAUGUAUGUCAACGACAAACAGAAUCAUGGGGUUUGGUUCACAUAUUUGAUACGCAAUCGAUAUCGAGCCGGUAGUACUCGGUCUAUUCGAUUGAAAGGACUUGAUCCAAUUAAGAUUUACAAAUUGCAAGAGAUAAAUAUUUAUCCAGGUACCAACAAUUCAACAAUCAUCAAUCAAAAUAGUUUAUCUGGCGAUUAUCUCAUGACGUUUGGAUUUAAUCCAAUGGUGAAUACAGAACGAACAAGUGUUGUUAUUGAACUGACAAAUGGUGCACAAGUUUUAGCUUGUUUCUUGGAUCAUAUCAGUCGACCAUUUUUAUUUCUGUUAAAAAUAAUUCUCUAUGAAAUAAUUGAUUUUAUUGAACAAUGUUUAGACGCAACAAUUCCAACGAUAACAACAUCAACAAUCUAUGAUGUUGGCAAUGGUGGAGCUAGUGGAUGA